AUGGGCUUUGUCUUCGAGCCAAUAGUGAUAGCCGCGAUAGCAGCUGGCGGGACGGCCUUCCUCAUCCUCCUCACCGUCGGCUCCAUAUGGAUAUACCGCAGAUACCAUCCGCGGCCACCACCCACAUCCCGCUCUGGGUCCCGUCGGUCCGGCGCAACCUCCACACGCUCUGGAGCCAAGCAGCCCAUCCAACUCACAGACCGCGCCCUCGCCUCCGCGUCCGCAUCUAGCUCCGCCGGAUCCUCCACCCGCAAAUCCCCACAUUCAUAUCAUACCCCCAUAGUCCCCCUCGUUCAGCCACCUCCACACCCCUCACAUCGCCGCAACCCCAGUAAUCAGUACCUCCUCCAGCCCAGUACCGCCCUCUCCCCUUCUUCCGACGAGUACAUCCUCGGUACGCCCGACUCUAUCCCCAAUCUUACCUCGGGGUCCAAAUUGCGGAAAUAUGAGAAAUCGCCCUCGAGCGUUUCGCCACGUCCGCUGGCACGGCCAACAGCGGCUAGAACUAUCCCUAUUCCCGAUACACCAUCAGAUCAGCAGAUGAUCAGCCCACAAAUGAUCUCGGACCGGCGGACAAGUGCAGGUUCCAGCGUUAUGCUCAUCACGUACGAGCAGGGGCUGGCAAAGAUGGGUCUCAGCACCCUGCCCCGCCCGCCACUCCCUACCGCCUCCACAUCCGCCUCCGCGCACCCCGCCUACCCCAUCCCCUCCCCGUAUUCCAACUACCGCUCCGUUGGUGCUGCGUCUCCGCAUGAGCCAUAUAUCGCCGAGACGCCGGGGCAAAGAAGGAGUGGGAGUGGUAGUGAGAGAUCGUAUAGAAAACCAGUCCCUCUGGUAGGGGGCGGGACCGGCACUGGCGCCGGCGGUGGGCGUUCCGGGCGGUCAGAUAGGAGCGGAUCGGGCUCGCAUGCGUCUCGCUCUGAGAGUGAGCGAUAUCCCGAACCUGAGAUAGGAAGGGGAUGGGAAGAGGCGGACACCGCGACGGAAAGUCGACAGGGGGCGUGGUUACCGAGCUACUACCAGCCAGCGGCGGAGAAGAAGAGCAAAUGGGGAGGUCGAAUAUAG